AUGUUUGCCUCAACUCCAUGCCACGCGAAGGUUAUUGAUACUUCCCCCUCACCUGACCCUCACCUGACCAGCCUAGCAAAGUCGAGUGAUAUAUGGCGACACACCGAAAUGUCCUCCCUGCAGAGUGAGCACAAGAAAAAAGAAGAGUCGAAGAGACCCAAGUUGUCGUGGAACACUUACCAGCGACAGUUCCUUUGUUGUCUCUGGCGCUUCUUUCACUGCGGAAACUAUCAGGUCUCGGCUAUUUUUUCAAAAGUCUUUCGCCAUGACCUGAUCCAGUGUGGUUUCGGAAACCAGAAUAUUCCGUAUCGCACGCUACACGCUCAGUGGUCUUGGUUAAGGCGUCAACGGCGACCAGUCUGGUUCCAAGUCCAUGUUGACACUGAGUUCAGCACCCAGAAAGAGUGGAAGGACAUCAUCCACUUGAUUCGACUCACAGCUUCCCAGCUAGGCUUGACCAUCCACGACAAAAAGAAAGACACAAUAUUGAUCCCGGGGGAUACAGUGUGUGCCGAUAAGGAGCCGAGUGAAGCUCUUAAAUCGAUUCUGCUUGCCUGUUACCUCCGGCCCCAGGAGGAGACUUUCUGGUCUUCGGAAGGUACCAUGAAAUCCCACAUAGGCGAUGUCCAAGAGCAGUCACGGCCCGCGUCAGAGCCUGCAAAUCCAAACAGGACCCAUGAGUCAUUUGAGCCCUUGGUCACAAGUCACGGCAAAGUCUGCUUUUGGUGUGCAAAAGAGAACGCAAUCGAUUGCGCUUUCGUGAUUCCAGACACGAGCAGUGACGAAGAUGGCCAAGCUACUCCCAUCGCUCGGACGAGUGUGAAUUUCGAACUUCAGAAUGAUCAGGAGAUUCAAAUUACGCCGGGCACACCUUGUCAGGCCUUUGAACAGCCCGAGAGCUGUCCCGAUGACAUCCCACAUAUCAUGGACAUCCCGGGAAUUCCUGGUCUUUGUGGUUCGGGAGACACACCAAAACCGCCGGAACUGUUGUAUCGGUGGUCGAACAAUCAUUCGCAAGGAAUCAAUACUGGAAAUUUACUGGUAGCAGGCUUAUUUGUCAAGAAUUAUCCCCAAGUACCAUCCCCCUAUCAGUGUUCAGUCGACGAAUUCCUCAGGCUUUUCAAGGUCCAUGUCACAAGAAAGAAAGUUCCCACUCCCUUUAUAUCGGCAUUUGCGAGACCGAUUGCGCCACUUCAUCGAGCACUCAGAAAUGGGCACCAGGCGAAGAUCACGCUCAUUGAUACCUGUAUUAUGCCUAGUCUACAGGGAUAUGUUUUCUCAGCUCAGCCUCUAGCCCAAAUCACUGACACGAUCGUGGAUCGCUGGAAGGGAUAUGGGGAAUAUGCAAUCUGGGGAUCGAUUCCCCGCGAGGCAAUAGUCACCACCUUCUCUCUGGCUGAUAUCGAAAAGAUCGCGCGCGAUGACCCAGAGGUCCGGCAAUUCCUCCAACUGGACCUUAUUAGAGGAGAAGCAACUUGUCACAGGGGUCUUCGCCGAAAAUUGCGGGAGAAUCUUCGGUCUCUCCGCAUCGAAGACAACCGUCCUGCGCUCCGGCGACUCGCCUGGCAUCUGGAUGUUCCAGAGGAGUGGCAUGAGGUAUUUACGCAAGAUAUGCAUGACGCAUGGACAAUGGACCUGGGUGGCAACAACCAAGUCCUGGAAGGAGAAGGUGAUUUACCUAUGGUCCAAGAUGAGGCUUGGCCAGGUCCACUUGGUCAAGCGUUCAUGAAUGCCGUGCGAAGCUUUCGUGAAAGUAGUGAGACAACGAUCUCUUACAUUGCUCCCCUUAGUGAUGGAGGAUCGCCUUCUGAGCCCACUUCUGAAGAACAUGAAAGCCCUUCCCAAUCUCCCAUAGCCGCAAACAGGCGACGAGACACACCCAGCUCAACCUACUCCAUGGAAAGUGAUUCUGACGAUUCAUUCACCUUGCUUGUAGCUCAGAACGCACUACGAACCACCGAUGCCGAUAUUGCCGAACUGGCUGUGCCGCGAGGCCCAGAUCAAACGAGCAGACACUUUGACCAGCCAGACAGAUUGGCGUCAAUCAUACACUCUCCUGGUUCUGACAUGCUGGGCUUGCCUGCUCAGGUGCCUCUUGACCAUGACCCUAGCGAAGCUUCCGACUGGCCCUCCGAUGGCGAGAUUCAUUUCGGAAGCGACACGCCGAGAAAAUGCCAUUAUCUUAGUCGCCCGUUGAGUCAAAUUACUCGAGACCGAGACGGCGAUAUCGCCCGUCUCCCUGAUCUUGGCGCUUCGGGAAAAAAUGCUUCGAUUUUUGAUUUUGGCGACAAUGAACAGUCGAGUCUUUGA